GGCCACACCUUCGCCACCCGUCUCCACAACUCAGCACCUCCCAACGUCCCGCCUUCCCACUUCACGUCUGGACCUUCUUGGUGACAUCCGACACGCAAUGAGCUAGCAAUUAGCUACAGCUGGUCUCUUGGCUUCGAAUCGACAUUGAGUGCAGCUUCGGGAAGGCCAUUGGCAACCUAUGAUGUGUUCCCGCCGCCCACGUAGGAUGGCGAGUUCCGGGGAUAACCUUCGGAGCUGCCGUUGGAAGCCCGAGACGAGUUGAGCUGCUAUCGCAUACAUGAGUCCGAAGCAUUGCAUCGAAAGGUAUUCUUGAUCUCUCCUUCACCAGGGACUGCGAGCAGCGGAGCGUUCAGCGAAAACGAUGCGCCAUGACUCUGCCAACACCGCAAGCCCGACUCCCAAUGGCGAAGCCAACUCCAAGCUCGGGAAGCUAUUGGAGAUCAAGGAGAAGGCAGAAGACAAGACGAAAAGAGUCCUACAUCUCGACUCCUCCAAAGACGAUACCGAAACGUCCCCUUACGAAGCCGAAGUAGAGGAAUUGAACAACAGCCCCGCCUUCGACCCCACCAAGUUCCUCAACAGACAGCGAAUAGGGCAAGCAGGUCUCUCCGCAAAGGCAAUAUCUGCGGUACAGGGCACAGUCGAGGCAAUUAUCAAUCCAAAGGCAGCAAUCAAAUCACGGGCAACGAAAAAGACUGCGCAUACAUUGGCCAAGAGUCGACCCUACCUUUCCUGGAAGGCUGAUCUCGACUUCUUGGAGGCGCACGAUGAUUUGGAGAGAGCAGAAGUCUCGAGAGAUGGAACAGGGGAUUCGGAGGAAGCCACGCAGAGGGAUAGGGAUAUUGAUCAUUGCGAGGAGCAUAUCGCAGAGCCGGAGAGAGCACGGCUGAGCACGAGAGUUGCAUGGAUGACAGCCAGGCAUGUUCAAAGAGUACGAGUCGUUGAUGCUGUACCACCACCAUUGUUUCCGGAGGACAGCUUCUUCGAGCAACAGGAUGAUUUUGGAUUUACGGAGUUCAAUUGGGGAAAAUGGUUUGCAUAUAAACUGUUAAACGGUUCCCACAAUUUCACGGCGCAAUAUAUAGACGAUUUUGACCAACUUCCUUUCGACAUAGAUACCCUUCGCAGACAUAUUGAGAGAUUUAUCAUGGUCAGCGCGCCAUUACAAACUUUUCUUUCGGAUGUUCGUAGUAUAUACAGAUGGCAAGAUCCUAUCAGGACUGGAAAAUGGAUGGCGUUAUAUUUCUUUCUUUGGUAUGUAUCACACAUCGUGACAUUUUUCUGGGGCUACGUUUUCUACUCAGUAGCCAUGAACUAUUACUAUCCAACGUCUCUUAAAGAACUUCGGGAAGGAAUUGAACGAAGUAUUGACCGAGGCGCAACAGCCUUGAAAAUUGGUGAGCUGAUGGACAAACAUGGGUCUGACGAGUGGCUGGGACCAUUGAUGGACGAAUUGGGACCUUUUAUUCAAGUCCAAAUUGCAGACCUCGCCAAUCUCCUCGAAGCGGCCUACAACUUCUACCACUUCCGCUCUCCGCCAGCAACCAUCGCAUCUCUCUGUCUCUUCGGGGCCUUGUUCCUCAUCACCGCUUUCACAGACUCAAGAUUCGCGAUGAAGGUAUUCUGGUUCACCGUUGGACUCAAUUUCUUCUUCUGCUGGCCGAUCAGCUCCGUCUAUCCAAAGUACCGUCUCCUCGUCUCAAUCUGGAAAUGGGCGUUGUGGGAUGUCCCCACACAUGCAGAAUGGUGUUUUCAAUAUCUUCAGGAAUGUGCUGCACAUGCCAAGGAAGUCAUCAUCGCUCAUGACAGGGACGACAUCACCGGGCAGGAUUCCCCGGCCCAAGAAUACGACAGCGAUACCGACGAAUCUUUUCACAGCGCGCAGAGUACUCUUCAAGAGAAUAGAGAUAUUCUAAGUUUCGGCUGCACCUACCUGCACACCCCCGGCCGCUUCAUAAUCUCCACGUACGGCAUCCGCUUCGUUCCCUCAAUCCGCCACCUUCUCCCUCGCCGAUCCUUCGACAAGCCAUUCUCUGCUCUUGUCGAGAUGUCGAAGCGUCAGACUCGCAGUUCGAUUCUUAGUCCCUUGGCGAAAGUCACAACUGGGAUGGAUAAACUGGAAUUGAGGUUCAGAGCUGAGGAUACAGCUCUAAGAAUGGAUGGAAUAGGGGCAGAGGGAGAUAUCCUGUUAUUGGAGAAUAUGAGGGAGAGGGAUAAAGCGUUAAUGCUGUGA